GGUAUAUUAAAGAGCAAACAAGAGGGAACAUCAGACAGAAAUCAUGGGUGCUUUCCUCCCUUGGUACACCUUCACUGCUGUCAUUCUCCUGGCUAUUCAUGGAGGUUUGUGUAUGGAUAUCAUUGGAGGAAGUGAAGUAGCGCCACACUCAAGACCAUUCAUGGCCCAAAUCAAGGGACGAAGAGGAAUUAUUUGUGGAGGAGCUUUAAUUAAGGAAAACUGGGUGUUAACAGCUGCACACUGUAAAACGAAAAAAAGCAAAGUUAUUCUUGGAGCCCAUUCAUCAAAAAAAAGAGAAAAAGAACAGCAAGCUUUUCAGAUUGCAAAACAUAUUCCUCAUCCAUGCUACGACCCAAGUACCAAGGAAAAUGACAUUAUGCUGCUUCAGCUUCAGGGAAGAGCAAAACUUAAUAAAGCUGUGCAAACAAUCCCCCUGCCAUCUUCAGAUUAUGAUCCUAAACCAGGAACAGUUUGCACAGUAGCAGGAUGGGGUAUGACUACAAGUCCUUUGAGAAAUCGUCCAGGCAAGCUCCCUUCUGCCCUGAUGGAAGUCAAUGUCACUGUCAUCAGGAGGGAAAUAUGCAACGAUGAAAAGCAUUAUAAUGGCAAACCUGUCAUAACAAAGAACAUGAUAUGUGCAGGAGCUGAGAAUAAGGAUUCAUGUCGUGGGGACUCUGGUGGACCUUUAAGAUGUAAUAAUAUUAUGAGAGGCAUCACUUCAUUUGGGAAGAAGAAAUGUGGCAAUGCUGAUGGCCCUGGUGUCUACACUCGACUCACAAAGCAACACCUUAAGUGGAUAAGGAAAACCAUAGGGGGGGCCUAGCAGAUUGGGUUUGGGCCGCAUGGUUUGUGUAAAUGAAAUGGGCUUUUAAAAACAGCUUCAGUAGUCUGGUAAAAGAGGUAUUCUCACACUGAGUUUCAGCAGCUUGAUGUAGUUCUGCUACAAUGGCAUUUAUAGCUUACACUGUCAGCCAUGGAGUCAUUUGGGGGUAUUUGGGGCUGAGGAUUCCAACAGCCCUGUAGUGCAUGUUCUUUCACACUGAGCUCUACACGGACUGGUACUUCAAAUCAAGAAUCUAAUCCUUGUUUGGGUCCUCACUCCUUAUUAAGUAUAUAUAGCACUCUUUUGUACCUGGACUUCUGAAAAUCAGUGGUGUGCUAUGUACAAGUACAGACACCUAAAAACUUUGUUUCUCUGCAGCAAAGCUCUUGGUUUUAUAGAUGUAGUGGAUUGCAAAGCUUCAGAAAAUUUAAUUGCAGCAAUUGUGGGGCAUAGGUAUUAAUUUUCUAACUGUCUUGUAUUUGAAACCUCUAGAUUUUAUCCCUUUACGUACUUUGCAUUUAAUAAAGCAAUGGCAAUAAAGA